CAGAACCUGGCCAAAAGUCUGGUUUCCAGGGUAUCGCAGUGUCAUUACGCUAAAGCGGCUGCGUCAUGACCCUUCACCUGUGCGACCAGUACAAGAACUUCUGAGGCUGGCAGACUGACUCGGGGACGAUGACUCGUGUAGCUUUGGUGACUGGAUCUUACAGAGGCAUCGGUCUGGAGAUAGUUCGUGGACUUUGCAAGGACUUUGAUGGCAUCGUCUACCUGACGGCCCGUUCCUCUGACCGAGGGGAAGAGGCUGUCCAGAAACUGAGGAAAGAGGGCCUGAGUCCCCGCUUCCACCAACUGGACAUCACUGAUGACCACAGCAUACAGGCAUUGAAAACCCACCUGUUGGACACCCAUGGGGGCCUGGAUGUCUUAGUCAACAAUGCAGGCAUUGCAUUCAAGGUUGCGGAUGAAACUCCAUUUGCAGUCCAAGCAGAGGAGUCGAUAAAGACAAACUUCUUCGGACCCCUUCAUGUUUCCAAGGCUCUUCUUCCAAUCCUCAGGCCUCACGGACGGGUGAUAAACAUCUCGAGUGACCCAGUACGAAGAGCCAUGCCGAAGUGUAGCCCUGCUAUCCAGUCUAGGAUCAGAUCUUACAGUAGCAUGACGGAGGAAGAGUUAGUGCAACUUAUGGAGGAAUUUGUCAGGGCAGCAAAGACGGGAACAUGUGAAGAAAAUGGAUGGCCCAAGUGGGCGUAUGCCAUUUCUCACAUCGGAGUGACCCUUAUGACCUUCAUCCAUGCACGAGAGAUGGAGAAGGAUCCGAGAGAAGGAAUCCUCAUCAACUGUGUGAGUAAAUAA